UGCGCGCGCGCCCCCCCGCGCGCCCCCCGGACGAUGUCGCAGGGAAGCGAGAUGGAGAAAACCAUCAAGGAAACUUCCAUUUUAGAGGAAUACAAUAUUAACUGGACUCAGAAGCUGGGAGCUGGAAUUAGUGGUCCCGUUAGAGUCUGCAUGAAGAAAUCAACGCAAGAACGGUUUGCUCUGAAAAUUCUUCUUGAUCGCCCAAAAGCUAGAAAUGAGGUACGUCUGCACAUGAUGUGUGCAACACAUCCAAAUAUUGUUCAAAUUAUUGAAGUUUAUGCUAACAGUGUGCAGUUCCCUCAUGAAUCCAGUCCCAGGGCUCGACUCCUAAUUGUAAUGGAGAUGAUGGAAGGGGGAGAGCUAUUUCACAGAAUCAGCCAGCACCGGCACUUUACAGAGAAGCAAGCCAGCCAAGUAACAAAGCAGAUAGCUUUGGCUUUGCAGCACUGUCAUUCGUUAAACAUUGCACAUAGAGACCUCAAACCUGAGAAUCUGCUCUUCAAGGAUAACUCUCUGGAUGCUCCUGUUAAGUUGUGCGAUUUUGGAUUUGCCAAAAUAGACCAAGGUGACUUGAUGACACCACAGUUCACUCCUUACUACGUAGCUCCUCAGGUAUUGGAGGCACAGAGAAGACAUCAGAAAGAAAAAUCUGGUAUUAUACCUACCUCGCCUACCCCCUACACCUAUAACAAGAGCUGUGACUUGUGGUCCCUGGGGGUGAUUAUUUAUGUGAUGCUGUGCGGAUACCCUCCUUUUUACUCCAAACAUCACAGUCGGACAAUCCCAAAGGACAUGCGGAAAAAGAUCAUGACUGGAAGCUUCGAGUUUCCCGAGGAAGAAUGGAGCCAGAUCUCAGAAAUGGCAAAAGACAUUGUGAGAAAGCUGCUGAAGGUCAAGCCCGAAGAGCGCCUGACUAUUGAGGGGGUGUUGGACCACCCCUGGCUAAACUCGACUGAAGCCCUCGAUAACAUCCUGCCUUCCGCUCAGCUGAUGAUGGACAAGGCAGUGGUUGCUGGAAUCCAGCAAGCUCAUGCAGAACAGCUGGCCAACAUGAGAAUCCAGGACUUGAAAGUCAGCCUCAAACCGCUGCACUCUGUCAAUAACCCCAUACUGAGGAAGAGGAAAUUGCUUGGCACUAAGCCAAAAGACGAUGUAUAUAUCCACGACCCCGAGAAUGGAGCAGAAGACUCCAAUGUGGCUUUGGAAAAGCUUCGAGACGUCAUCGCUCAGUGUAUUCUACCCCAGGCUGGUAAAGGUGAGAAUGAAGACGAGAAGCUGAACGAGGUGAUGCAGGAGGCGUGGAAGUACAACCGGGAGUGUAAACUGCUGCGGGACACUCUGCAGAGCUUCAGCUGGAAUGGCCGCGGAUUCACAGAUAAAGUGGAUCGACUAAAACUGGCGGAAAUCGUGAAACAAGUGAUUGAAGAGCAGACCACCUGUCAUGAGGCCCAGUAGCUACAGCUUCAGAACAUUUAGGUUUUUUUUUAUAUUUUGAGAAAUGAUUCCUUAACUGUACAAAGUAAUUUUUAUGUAAAUGAAUAAAUCAUAAUUUCAUUAAAUUUC